UGUGACGAGUGUUGCCUUGUCGGCCAAUGCCUUGAUCUUAUAUCUGCAGAGUGGAAAGAGUAUCGUGUCAUUCAACACGACAAAUUCAACAUGAUGACAUCUCCAAACUUUGUCUUCUUAGUGGCGUAUUUGCUCUUUGGGAAACUGGCUGAAACGAACCAUCUUGUUCUGUCCACAACUGCUCAUCAAGACAUUGGAUUUAUAUCAGCUAAUGUUGGCGACAACGUGACUUUGUCAUGUUUAUUCACCAGAGAUGAUGAUGAACUUUACUGGUACAAGCAAACACUGGGUCAGAAGCCACAGCUUAUCUGUUUUGUAAAAAGGUUAGAUGCAAGUGUCCGAACGGACAGCUAUUGUAAUAACGUUCGAAAAAAUCCACGUGUCUCACUUCAAACUGAUGCUGGUUUGAAUCACCUUAACAUUUCUGAUGUUCAACUUUCAGACUCAGCGACUUACUUUUGUGUAAGCUUUCGGUCAGUUUGGUCUGAAUUUAAAGAAGUCAUCACUGUGAGUGUGGAGGGUUCAAGGUGGAAUCUUCACCCUCUGGUCCAUCAGUCAGAGUCACAAAGACUUCAGCCAGGAGAUUCUGUCACUCUCAACUGUACAGUUCACACAGGAGCAUGUGCUGGAGAAGAACACAGCGUUUACUGGCUCAAGAACUCUCAAGAACCUCACCAUGGAACCAUUUACACCAAAGGAGACAGAAGUGAUCAGUGUGAGAGGAAACCCAACACUCAAACACACACCUGUGUCUACAAAUUACCAAUGAACAGUGUGAAUCUCUCUCAUGCUGGGACCUACUACUGUGCUGUCGCCACAUGUGGACAUAUACUGUUUGGGAACGGGACCAACCUGGACUUUAACGACCAGUCAUCAAUGUAUAUCAUGGCUGGAGCUUUGACAUUCACCACCCUCCUGAGUAUUUUACUGGCUUUCUUACUGUACAAGAGAGACAAAUGUUCAGAGUCUUGUGCCCAAUUAUCAGCUCGCGCCACAACAAAUGAAGAGGGAAACAGAGAUGGAGACAAUGUCCACUAUGCUGCUUUAAGUGUCCACCUGCCUAACAGAUCAAGAAGACAGAUGGACAAUGCAAAUAAUGAAUGCGUGUACUCCAGUGUCCGACAUUAACUCUGUCUUUGUUAGUUCUGUCAUUUUCUCAGUCUUUCUUUAUUGUAAACAUCACACGUGAAGUUUUGUUUGAGUUUUUUUCCCCAAAUGAAUAUCUGAACCUUAGUCAUUUACACUGUAAUUUACAUGCUAUUGUUUCUGUGGUUUUUAGCAACAUGUACA